AAAGGUCGGCGCCAAAGCGAGCAGAGCAUAUUACUCAACAGCAAGAGAACAACGACCGGAGGACCCCGAAGAGGGUUUAGUCUCGAGGUCAGUUCUUGGUAGGGUUUGAUCUGCCGAGUCGCAGAUGCACUCUCUACCGCCUUGUGGAUUGCCUCUGGACUUCUACAGACGAGCAGUAGCAGGUUUCGGAUCGCAAGAGGGCAGCGGGCUUGGGCGGAGUUGCGCUCGAAGAGUGACCGACACAAGAAGCUCAAUCGCGUAGCCCCGAGAUGAAACGUUUGUCUUGGCUGUGUUGACAAUACCGAGAAGUAGAUUAGGAAACUCACAUUUCCCCCACUUAAGAAGCCUCGAGGCCUGGGAAGGUAGUUCUGUUUUCAAGCAUGGCAGAACAUUUGGCUUCUAUUUUCGGAACCGAAAAGGAUCGAGUCAACUGUCCCUUUUACUUCAAGAUUGGAGCUUGCCGUCAUGGAGACAGAUGUUCCCGCCUGCACAAUCGUCCGACUGCCAGUCAGACAUUGCUGCUGGCGAACAUGUACCAAUCUCCAGAUGCAGGGUUCCAUGGCGGAGUAGAUCAGCAUGGUAACAUCCAACAGUCUGACCCACGGAAGCUACAAGAGCACUUUGAGGACUUUUACGAAGAUAUAUUUGAAGAACUGAGCAAGUACGGGGAGAUUGAGAAUCUGAACGUCUGCGACAACCUUGCAGACCAUAUGAUUGGUAAUGUUUAUGUGAAGUUUCGUGAGGAAGAGCAUGCUGCCGCUGCUCUCAAUGCUCUAAAUGGGCGAUUUUAUGCUGGUCGACCAAUCAUAGUGGAUUUCUCCCCCGUUACCGAUUUUCGUGAAGCUACUUGCAGACAAUAUGAGGAAAAUACAUGUAAUCGAGGCGGAUAUUGCAAUUUUAUGCAUCUGAAGAAGAUUUCGAGAGAACUCCGAAGAAAAUUAUUUGGAAGCUACCGGAGGAGAAGUCGUAGCAGGAGUCAUUCUCCAUACGGGCGUGGUGAAGCACGAGGACCACCCAGCCCUCGACGUUUUGGAGACAGGGAUUUUUUUGAGCCGAGAAGGGGAGGCCGAGGUGGUGGCCGGGGAGGCGGUCGUGGAUUUGGCCGCAGAUUUGACGGGGAUAGGGAUGACCGUCGAUACGAUGAUAGGCGAGGAAGGAGAAGAGACAGGAGCAGAAGUAGAAGUCCCGGUCAAAGAAGAGAGAGGAGUCCUGUGCGUGAGGGUAGUGCCGAACGCCGUGCUAAGAUCGAGCAGUGGAAUCGAGAGAGGGAGGAACGUCAAGCUGCUGAGACAUCCACAGCGCCGCCUUCAACCGUGAACGGUGCUUCUGCUCCGUACGAUGAUUAGUUCAAGCAUGAUUAUGUGGUUUGUAAUCCACCACCUUGUCAACUUUAUGAGUCUUGGGCAAUUACUGUCCUCCGUCCACCUCCUUAGCAGUUGUGCCAUUGCAACUGAGUUUGACACUAAGUCCAAGCAACUUAGAAAUUAAGUCGGGGAUCAACGAGCAGAGACGAAUAGACUUUGCAUGGUCUGGUCGGUAAUGGCAAGCGGUCCUUUUACGCAGUACUGACAAAAAGCCUGAGCAUGUGCGCAGGUUCAGGUUUAUAGUUGCCAUGCACUACAUGUUCAACAUUGUCGCAGGGGCAGUCUAGGCUGCCAUUGAUAUGAACAUGCUUUGAGUUUGCGAUCUAUAAGUGGGAGCUUCCUGCUGCCCAUCUACUGGAACAGGAAUUAUUAUUUCAACCUCAUGGAUUGGUAGCUUUUGAGCAUUAAGAAAGAGGAAACUAAGAUUUUAUGCUUCCUGUAAUCAUCCGAUCUGUUGACCAGGCUCACAGAGGUGGAUGAGUGUGACCUGCAGGUGCAGGUAGCCCACUGCAGGUUUUGGUAGUUGACAUGCCCUUUGGACUGACAGGUGAAGGUGACGAGCAGGAUGUGCAGAUCAGACAAACCAAGGCGCAGGUGCAGGUCUUCUUUAUGUGGGCAAGUGGAUGCAGGCCCACUCUACAUUCGACUGGCUGUUCGAAAGCCCACAAUUACAGUCACGUUUUGCGACGAGAAGGGUUCAGAUCCUUGUCAUGCAUUUAUAUCGCAGCAGUUGUUGCCGUGUGUGCAGGUGCAUGCAGGGCUCUUUGGGAUGAGCUAAUUUUUCAUUGUAGAGAAGCUGUAGUAUCAGAAUCUAAGCAGUGCCAACUCAUGGGCAGCUAGCUUACAACAUAAAUUUCAGCAAGAUUUAUGGUUACCUCUCGGUCUAAGUUUCAUGCCAAGUACAGGUCUCGUGGUGUUGGGACGAUGUUCUAAGUAGUUAGAUCUGGGAAGAUGUAGACGGAGGUUCCUAGACUUUUCUUCUCGAGGAUGAUUGUUAUGAGAAAUCUGCCACAGCUUUAUAAGGAUGUUGCAGGUUUGUAAACAUGAUUUGGAAGAAAUCAAGGGUUCCAUGAUUCCCAUCGAAUAGUCACUCCAGUUUCGCACGUGUCACAUUGAGUAUAGCCAACCUAUAACCAACGCCUGUAAAAUCCGUGCAAUCACCUGAAGUUGAUCCCUCUCCACCGACAUGUUUUCGUUUUUUCACAAAGGUAAGGUUUUUCAAAACAAGCGCUUUGUACAGCGAGCAGUUCUAUUACAUCCGGUCAAUCGGAA